AUAACAGUUCAGUAACUAAACUGGUGUCGUGGCGAGUGGUCGAGGCUGCCUAACUCUCAUUUUCGCUCCCCGCCAGCUACGAGCAAACCAUGUGCACAGCCAACUCUGACCGUUAGGAGCGUGAAUAUUUAAAAACGUAACGGUUACUCGGUUUUAAAAAAGGUCUAAUAUAACUCGCAGAUUCCAAAACUAGAGACGAGCUGAAGUCGGUGUUCGGUAUCGCACUGCUGGUCAGAGGUUAGAUUAAAAUUUUAUCACUGUUCGACAACUAUUUUCGCGUACGUGCCGUGAUGAACUAGGGCAGACCUACAACUGUUAGAAGCCAUAAAAUUGAAACGCUGUCGGUGAAAAGUAACAUACGGAUCGUUUAGUAGUGACCAACGCAGGCCCCCAGUUAGCGUGAAUCGAUUGAAAAUCACAUGAAUUGUUGAUGGUUUUCUAUCGCCGGCAGAAGAAGUGUUUAACGGAACCAUUUUCCGCAAGUGAGUGGAAUUUAUAUGUGUGUGUGUGUGUGUGUGUGUGUGUGUGAAAGUGAGCCAAAAAGUAAAAAUAUAAAGCUGCUCUCGUGAUCUCCUACAACGUGAUUGAAAUAACCAAUUAUUUCACAACAAACAAAAAAAGAAUCAACACAGAAAUAGGAAGAAACAAACAGCAGAAUGCUUCCUGUUUUAACGGAUUUCAGUACAUUCUACAACAGACUCUGUCUAGUGGUGACAGUAUUUAUAACCGUGAAUCUUGGACGAAUACGGGCCGAUAACUGUGGACAGGAGGAGCUGGCCAAGUGUGCCCGCCCGUUCCAGGUGAUACAAUCGACGACGGAUCUGUCCAUAGCGACGAAAAAGGAGGAUCUGGAUAAAAUAUGCCCUGACCUAAAUAAUGGACUCCACUGCAUCCGUAGCUACACGCGCCGUUGCAUGACGCUGGAGCAGCGAAACCGCUUCAACAAGCUGUACAACGGCACACACCAGUUCGUGCGAGACCUCUGCCGCGAGGGUGACUACCAACGCGAAUUCCUUUCUCACGCACCCUGCCUGCAGCUGGUGCGGCCAGACUACGAAGUGUGCGGCCGGCGGUAUCACCUCACCGUGAUGGCAAUAUCGCAACAGUCCCAGCCCGACGAGCAUCAGCACCAGCACCAGCACGGACAUCAUGGCCACCAUCAGCCGGACGCAGAGUUGGACGGACAUCAGCACGAACGGCGCCAUCGCAACCAUCGGACGGCAAGCCGCACCGAUGAGGAUGACGUGCGGACGGUGUGCUGUUCGUUCAUGGAGUAUCUAGACUGUUCGGAGGCGGCCGCCAAAAAUACUUGCGGUCACGAAACGGCCCGAUUCACACGCGGAUUCCUGGACAAAAUGUCGUCGACGUUAAUAAAGAUGUACUGUGAAGAUUACUACAAGUCAAACAAAUGUCCAGCAAUGUACACAUCGUCCUCAAGCAGCCAUUGGAGUCAAUUGCACAGUGCGGUGCUGCUACUAGUUCCCACGAUCAUCACCACGAUCACCAGCUGGACAGCUUCCUGGUGGACGUUUCGACCAGACGCUUCGUUACGGUUACGAUAAUCUACGCCCGGGACCGUUCGCCACUGUAACCAUCCCUUCUCAAAAAAGGCUUCAAUCCAACCUGCUUCCCCCCCUCUCCCGGCUGAUGCACCGUUCUAGAUUCUAUUCAGCUGUAAUGUAAUUGUAGUUUAGCGGCCUAGCUCUAAUUCGAUUCACUCACGUUCCGUAUUUUCGACGGCAUGCCUAGGUAGUAAUUAUAGCUCCACCAAACGUGGAAACGUUUAACGUACAAUGUUUUUGUUUUUGCUGUUUUUGUUUGCCUUUUAAGUUUAAUUUAAAACAAAAUGGCAAAGCCUUGUUAGCUUAAGACACCACCACCACCAUAAAGUAGAAUGACAAAUUAAUUUAAAACAACCGAAUGAUCCGUGUCCCUCCCCCCGGUCAGGGAUCGGCUCUCCCGUCGCAAAGCGUAAUUGGCAAAUUGGAUUCAAUCCAGGCCACGGCACAGAGCAGUUCGUUUGUGAAAUUGUGCUCCAUCAACCUAUCAAGCGCUAGAACGUCGAUCAGCGAUGGCGCUCUGGUUGGCGCUAGCAUCGACCUUAAGCUUCCGUACCACCCGUGGCGAACUCACCGCACCGAUGGGUGCAAUUAGGGUUAAUUUAUUUAUUAGAAACCAUCGGCGGUGUGGUUCGACAUGUGGUGUGGCGCAAACAUUGUCGAUCGCGUAACGACAAUAUGGCGAUCGGCAAGAGCCUCGAGUUUGUUGCUGAUACGACGUUCCUUUUUUCUCCCCUUUUUUGCCAGAUACCGAAGAUGUAGAUAGUAUUCUAGUUAAUGCGUUCCGGCGGACAGUCUAGACGAGUACAGUUCAAACAGGUCAGCCGUGCCAGUCAUAGAGCGUAGGUUCAGAGCACAUGCGUUCUGUGUCGGUUGCUAUCCUAUCAUUUCUCUUCUAGACAAAAUCGAACGUCAAAAGUCAAGCGUGAUGAUAGCUUUGGUAAGCAACACUUGUAUAGUAACUAAUGUAGCUUAGCGUGUAUUGUUUCUGUAGGGAUGUCGAGUUAGGGCACGGGAUAACCAUAACUUGAAUAUUGUCGUUGAAUAUGAGCAUUACAUACCAAUUACACCGAUAACAUGAAAAUAUAAACUAUCCGUCAAAUCAA